AUGGUAUGCUGAAAGACUUCUGCAUCUACCCUAUAAUAUAUCUCCCUGGGAAACUGGGAUUUUUUGAGAGUUCGUAUUGGGUAUGGUCAGGGCCAGCCCAAGGCAUUUUGGCACCUGAGGUCAGAAGAAGGGGUCAGAGAAGAUCUACAUCAGGAACAAAGGGGGAAGAAGGAUAGACAUUGGGAUCUACUGCCCCAGUGGAUCCAGCUGCCUGAGGCAGUUGCCUCACCUUGCCUUGUGGAUGGGCUGACCCUGGGCAUGGUCAAUAUGGCACUGUGUUACUAGUUUUUGGACGGUGCAGGCAAUUAUGUAAUUAUGCAGCACAUGCUGAGUUCAUUGCCUUUUUGUUAGACAGGAUAUUUACAGAAAAGCUUAGGGGUAGGGUAGGAUAAUUUGUUUCCUCCUAAUUCAGUAUGUUUAAUAAGCCAUGACCAUUGCUUUGUAUCUCCCUUAAUUGGCAGAGCAGAGAGCUUUUUGUACUCACUUACGGCGCUUUGGUGGCUCAGCUGUGUAAGGAUUACGAAAAGGAUGAAGAUGUGAACAAAUAUUUGGACAGCAUGUAAGUAGCCAGGACAGGUUCAAACACGGUUGCAUAUCAGCUUAGCAGGCAAUGAUAUCCAUUUAACAUUGCUUUCCUCAUAUCGGGAUCUGUCGGGGGGGGGGGGGGAAUUAAAUCCAGGAGAUUGGUGGAACUUCUGGAGGGGCUGUUUAUCCACACAAGAUUUGGUUUGUUAUUCCAUCCCUUUCUAGGACAAUUAUCAAAUCGCUUUUCUAGCCCCUUGAGGUCUGGCAAGAUAAGUGAUGGGAAAUGGCACUGUAAUGUUUGGGAUAGAUGCCAUUGGCUGGCAUAGUCCUAUAAACUUCCAUGGGAAGGUUGGGUCUCAAGAUUAAUCCAGUAUUUUCUCAGGGAGCUUUCAACUGAUGGGGAUGAUGAUCCCCUCGAUGGCCUUUUUGACAGCAGGUUAAGGUUACCAGAUUUUUUUCAGUGAAUCCGGGGACACUUUUCAACUUCAAUAGUGUUAUGUACUGAGUUGAAUAGGAGCCAAACUGCAGCAGUCCUAGAACAAUAGGAUCCAAAUUGCAGCAGUCUGAUUGGUCCUAGAACAAUAGGAUUCAGAAUGCAGCAGUCUGAUUGGUCCAAGAACAAUGCAGCAGUAUGAUUGGUUGGCAGGAACCACCCAAUCAUGCUCCAGAUAUAAGUGAAUCCACAACCUGAUUGGCUUACAGUAGAAUUCCAGAAUUAACCAAUCAUGUGCAGCCCAUUGUGUAAAUAAUGUAUAUAAAGCAGAUACUUUGAGGGGGCAUUCAUUCAUUCCUCCUCCCCACUAUGAGCUGAAUAAAGAGCAUGAAAUCACUUUGCGACUCUGAGUAUAUUUCACUGGCGACGAAGGUGGGAUCCCGCUGAGCUGACUGCCACACACAGCACUGCAGCACCGCCACCUGCCGCACCGCUGCCUCGCACCGUGCAUCCAGGCUUCAGCUCCGGGACACAAGGAACUCAGAAUGGCAGCCAACAGCAGCUUCUCGCCAUUCAACCCAGCAUCUGGAGACUGGGAAGCGUACGCCUCCCGUUUCACCUUCCUCCUAGAAGCCAAAGGGGUCACCGACGAAGAAGACGCCAAGAAGAGGGCGAUAUUCUUCAGCGUCUGCGGAGAGCAGACAUUUGAAAUCGCCCGGGCUCUCCUUGCGCCUGAAGACGUCGCUACUGUUCCAUACAAAACAAUAAUGGAACAGCUGAAGGGGCACUUUUCGCCACAGCCCUCAGUGGUGGCUCGUCGAAAUGCCUUCUACGCAAAGCGGCAAGCCCCUGGGGAAACCAUUACUGGGUUUGUGACCUCUCUCCGCCAAGCCGCCCGGUUCUGCAACUUCUCAGAGCUAGAGAACAUGCUUCGGGACCGCCUCGUCGGUGGCCUGAAGGAUGAGAAGCUGCAACGACGCCUCUACGCUAAGAAGGACCUAACGUUCCAGGUCGCUCUGGAGGAGGCCCUGGCAACGGAAGCUGCCGAGAGGUCGACGCAAGAGGCACGGCCGAGCCUGCCAUCCCAACUGAGGGUCCACCACGAAGACCUCACAGACGACUCAGGAUCCGACAGGGAGGAGGUGCACCGAGUACAGCAGCGCACUCAAGCAGCGCACAGACCACAGCUGCCUCGACGAGAAGGAGGGAACUGCGCAAGCUGCGGGGAGAGUCACGAGAGGAGGACCUGCCGUUUCCGCAACGCAGAGUGCAGGCAGUGCAGAAAAUUGGGACACAUCGCCCGGGUGUGUCGGGCUCGGCCCACCCGACACCAGGCAUCAGAUGACCAAUCCAAGAGCCCCAGGUCCUGGGGCCCAACGCACCAAGGCAACUCGACGGAGCUCACGGACUGCCAGGUAUACCAGUUGCCCCACCCCAACGUAGAGAAAAUUUAUGUAGAGGUACAGAUAGAGGGGCCCCAUGCCGCAUGGAGCUUGACACGGGUUCAACUCUAUCCAUAAUCUCGGCAAGGACCUUAAGGAAACUGUGUCCUACUGGGGGUCCCAAACUCAGGCCGGCCCCAUUCACCCUACGGGACUUCCAGAAACGUAAGGUCCCCACAAUGGGGGUGGGGACCUUCAGGGUGCAAUACCGAGGGCGGACGCAGCAACUGGACUUGCUUGUGGUCAAGGGCCCCUACAUUAGCUUACUGGGAUUGGCAUGGUUUGGACCACUGGGGCUAGCGGUCACCGGGGUGAACCACACUAGCUUACAAGUGGACGUGGACGCCAUAUGCAAGGAAUUUCCAGGGGUUUUCGAUGGGAAAUUGGGACAGUAUACGGGCCCCCCCAUUGCGCUACAGCUUGACCCCGCAGUACGACCGGUCAGGCUCAAGGCCCGCCGGGUCCCGUUCGCCUUGAAACCCCGUAUAGAUGAGGAAUUGGACCGACUCGUGGAGCAAGGAGUGCUGGAGCCGGUGCCUAAUGCCCCCUGGGAAACCCCAAUCGUCACACCCGUCAAGCCUAAUGGUUCAGUCCGCAUCUGCGCAGACUACAAAUGUACCAUAAACAAGGCCCUCACGGCCCACGCAUACCCAGUGCCAGUGGUCAGCCAUGUCCUUGCCACCCUGGCUGGGUCGAAAAUUUUGGCAAGCUGGACUUGGCCCAAGCAUAUCAACAGCUGCCAGUAGAUGAGGCCACAGCAGAGGCACAGACGAUUGUGACGCACAGAGGAGCGUUCAGGGUAAAGCGGCUGCAAUUCGGUGUCAGCGUGGCACCAGGCAUAUUCCAGAAUCUAAUGGACUCCCUCCUUAAAGGGAUUCCUGGCGUCACCCCAUCUUCGAUGAUGUGUUGAUUGCCGGGCCCACACCAGAGGAGUUUGAGGACCGCCUCCGCACCGUUCUGCACCGUUUCCAGACGGCGGGUCUCAAGGUGAAGCGGGAAAAAUGUCUACUAGGAGUGCCUCAGGUGGACUUUCUGGGAUUUAUGGUGGACGCAGAAGGGGUCCACCCAACUGGGGACAAGGUACGGGCCAUUUGUGAUGCCCCAGCGCCCAAGAGCAAGACUGAACUUCAGGCCUUCUUGGGACUAUUGAACUUUACCUUUCCUUCCUUCCCCACAAGGCGGCGGUAGCAGAGCCCCUACACAGACUCCUGGACAAGCGGGCCCCUUGGGUGUGGGGCCAGCGCCAGGAGGCUGCAUUCCAGGCAGUCAAGGACUUGCUUGUCUCAAACUCGGUCUUGGCACACUUCGACGAGAGGCUGCCGGUGGUUUUAGCAUGUGACGCCUCGCCCUAUGGCAUUGGCGCUGUCCUGGGACACCAACUCCCGGAUGGAAGAGAGGUACCGGUGGCAUACUUUUCCCAGACACUCAACGCAACCGAGCGGAACUACUCGCAAAUAGACAAGGAGGGUCUGGCAAUCGUGAAGGGAGUAAAAAAAUUCCAUGAUUUCUUGUACGGGCGGCCCUUCACCGUGGUGACUGACCACAAGCCGUUGCUUGGCUUGUUUGCCCCGAAAGCAGACCCCCCAAGUGCUGUCUCCUCGCGUCCUCAGGUGGUCAAUUUUCCUUGCCAGCUACCAGUAUGCACUGAUUCACCGCCCGGGGAAGGCGAUGGGCCAUGCAGACGCCCUCAGCAGGCUACCACUACCGGAAACAGGCCCCGACCCAGCACCUGCACAAGAGGUUAUGAGCCUGGAGCUGCUUCCCGACCGCCCCAUUCAGGCACAAGAAGUUGCACACCAUUCCAAGAAAGAUAGGGUCAUCUCCCGGGUCCUGGACUGGGUGUGGAGGGAUGGCCCAGCAGCAGCCCUGGGCCAGAAUUCGCUGGCUACACAACCCGCAAACAUGAACUGUCGGCCCACAAGGGGUGCCUGUUAUGGGGAAGCAGGGUCGUUGUUCCCCAGCCCCUCCGCAAAAGGGUCCUCACAGCCCUACACGAGACACACCCAGGGGUAGUAAGAAUGAAGGCCCUUGCCAGGAGUUAUGUGUGGUGGCCAGGGAUCGACGGAGAGAUAGAGGCCUGGGUCAAACACUGCCAGGCCUGCCAAGAAUCCCGCCCAGAUCCCCCAAGGGCCCCAGUCCAGUCCUGGGAGUCCGCCCGAGCACCAUGGUCACGCCUGCAUGUGGACUUCGCUGGCCCCUUUCAGGGGAAAACAUUCUUCAUAGUGGUGGACUCCUACACCAAAUGGCUGGAAGUCGCACUGGUACCGUCCACUUCUACAUCCGCAGCCAUCCGGGUAUUACGCAGGCUGUUUGCAACCCACGGGCUCCCUGACACUCUCGUCUCAGACAACGGGACUGCAUUUACGUCAGGAGAAUUCCAAACCUUCACAGCGCAGAACGCCAUCCGCCACAUCCGUUCGGCGCCAUUCCACCCUGCCACCAAUGGCCAAGCAGAACGCAUGGUGCGGACCACCAAGGACACGCUUCGCCGCAUGACGCAAGGGGAUUGGGAGUACCGCCUUGCCACAUUCCUCCUAGCACAGCACAGCACCCCCAGCUCAACGACUGGCCGGAGCCCCGCUGAACUACUAAUGGGUCGGCGCCUUGCAAUCAGAUUGGACCGCCUUCACCCCGAUAGAGCUCAGGAUGAGGUAGUGGUGGGGGAAGGCAGGAACCCCGGACCUUCGAGGCCCAGGACCCAGUGUACGCAAAGAAUUUUGGGGCAGGCCCAGCAUGGGUACCCGCCACAGUCACCAGGGUCACUGGCCCCGUGUCGUACGAGGUGCUAACGGAUGGGGGCAAUGCUGGCGCCGCCACUGCGACCAGAUACGGCGACGAUUCCCAGGAGAAAACCAGGAGGAGGAAAGGUCUGAGGAGUCCCAAGGGAACAGAGGGGCAGUGAGGCCCAUAGAGCAGGAGGGGCCAGCAGGAGAGGCAGAAUCAGUAAAUACAGAGAGGACCCGCGAGGCCGAAAGGACACCAGAACCAGAACCACGACUGAGCGAGCUGGUUGCGCCAGACCAAACAGGCCCAUCACAGCCAGCAUCCUUGGAACACGAGCCAGAACCUGAACCCCGGACCAGGGAACACCACAGGCCGCAAUGCACACGUAGGCCGCCGGCGUACCUCGAGGACUAUGAAUGCGACCUCCCGGGCAGGACUGGAACUUAGAGGGGAGGGGUGUUAUGUACUGAGUUGAAUAGGAUCCAAACUGCAGCAGUCCUAGAACAAUAGGAUCCAAAUUGCAGCAGUCUGAUUGGUCCUAGAACAAUAGGAUUCAGAAUGCAGCAGUCUGAUUGGUCCAAGAACAAUGCAGCAGUAUGAUUGGUUGGCAGGAACCACCCAAUCAUGCUCCAGAUAUAAGUGAAUCCACAACCUGAUUGGCUUACAGUAGAAUUCCAGAAUUAACCAAUCAUGUGCAGCCCAUUGUGUAAAUAAUGUAUAUAAAGCAGAUACUUUGAGGGGACAUUCAUUCAUUCCUCCUCCCCACUAUGAGCUGAAUAAAGAGCAUGAAAUCACUUUGCGACUCUGAGUAUAUUUCAAAUAGGAAUGAUAGGAUUUUGUCAGGGGAUUGAUUUGUAAAUCCAGGGACUGUCCCCGGGAAACGGGGAUGUCUGGUAACCUAACAGCAGGUUCUGCAGCUACAAGUGGGACUUUGCUGAUCCAGACAUGUCUUCUUUGAGUAUAUUCCAUUUCAUCCAUCUCCCAGUUCCCACCCAGUUUUUGGCUUCCCCAGCCCCCCAGCAGUCAGUCAGCAUGCAGUGACCACUGAGCUCAUCAGCCUUCAUCAGUCUCAUUGUGGCAGUGGGAGAAGGCUGUAUUGCAAUGCUGAAAUGGGCAUUUAGCAUCCCUGGAAAUAAACAAAUAUUGCAUGACUUUGAACUUCCGCCUACAAGAAAUGUUUGUGUUAUAUCAAUUUACUUGGCUAUUAUAGUCUGUUUUGGCUUUGUGUCAUAUGCUCUCAUCCUAUAUUACUUAAAUGCUUUCCCAUUAACUGCAGUUGGUUUUCCGGUAAAGCUGAUUGUGAAUUGUGACUAAGAUUAAGAGAGAGAGAGUUUAAUGGAACUUUUCCCCGAAUUCAUUUAAACUUCAAAUGGAUCUGUUAAAAAGUUCCAUUAAAUACUAUCUCUUCCAUUUUAAAUUUUAAAGCCUUUCAGGCUGGCAAAAGCAAUAUGUUGAUUCAUUCAAGAUCCUUAUACUUGGGAAUUCCUUGGCAGCAGCAGCUGGUAACAGUUUUAUUUGGUAGGGCUGCAUUUUUUAACCUUUCUGUUUUCGCCACAGUAAGACUUACACAGCACUUAUUCAGGGAAGUGUGCCUUUACACGUGUGCAGAGUGCCAUUGUCUCCUCUCUAAAAAAGCAACCCACCAAUUAUUCUCUGUACUUCUAUGGACUUGAUUGACUUUGUCCCACCCAGCAGCUGCUGCAGCUUUUUCUGAGUGAACACAGGAAAAUGGUUAAUACCAAGCUUACUGCAAAAUAUACACAAGCCACACACUAUUUCUCUUCCCAAUUUCCUAUUUUUUAUAAAAAAUUAGUGCAAAAUGAUUAAGUAAAAACAUAUAUUUAUUAUAGAAAAAUAUUCAUUGUUGCUUGCUUGCUUGCUUGCUCUUUCUCUCUAUGAAGGUCACAAAACAAAUGUUAAACCAGGCUUCCUCAAACUCAGCCCCCCAGAUGUUUUGAGACUACAGUUCCCAUCAUCCCUGACCACUGAUCCUGCUAGCUAGGGAUCAUGGGAGUUGUAGGCCAAAAACAUCUGGAGGGCCGAGUUUGAGGAAGCCUGUGUUAAACUAACAAACAAAAAUGGAUUCAAAGUAGAAAACACUCCCUGUUGUUUCUCUGGCCUUCAGGGAAACAGCUCCAGCUGUGCUCAGAACCAGUGUAUGAUUAUGGUGGCUAAUGUUGUUCUUGAAGCAGUCCUAACGCCACUCAUUUUUUCUGUAGUGGCUGUACUGGAUAGGCCUAAAUAACAACAGAAGUAACAAGAGCUUUCUUACUAGGGCCGCCUUUCCAGCAACCCAAUCAGUCACAUGGUUUUUCUGCUUAGAGACACAUGGGAGGGACCUUGUCAGCAGGGCUAUACCUUUGGGUUGGGAGCAUCUGAGUGAUUCAGAGAGUUGGUUGGCUAGAGAUCAGGAAAUUGACCAAAAAUGCCUCUGUAAGUUCAAAGAAGUAUCAAAUGUGCACGACUGACUUUUUGUUCUCUCUUUCUUCAGGGGCUAUAACAUUGGCAUCAGGUUAGUUGAAGACUUCUUGGCUCGCUCCUCUGUGAAGAAGUGCCGGAGUUAUUCUGAAACGACAGACAUAAUUGCACAGGUAUGCACAGGUGCUGCCUCAGCAAGGCAAGGCUAUGUCCAAGUGUCCCUUUCUUAGCGAGGAUGAUCACAAGAAUGAUCUCAAUUUUGGGGGGAGGGAUCGUUUCCAGGCAUUGGCUGGCUGGGCAGGACAGAAGCACACAUCCACCCAAUCCAUCACACACACACACACACACACACACACACACACAAACCCGUAACCCGGUGCAAAAGAGGGUUUGAUUUGCAGUAUUAGUGCCUUAUGUAAAUGGAGGCACCAUGCUGGUUUUUUUUUUUACUAUAAUAAUGCCUACUAAUAAAAUCCUAUUAGCUGUCAUGGGUUUUGAGAAAAGAAAAUAGCUCAUGUUUCCCUUGUAAAAUUCCAACACGGAGUUAAAUGGAAACAUUUAAUGAAACUGGAUGGUAUUUUGAAGAAGAUAGCGCAGCAGAGAAAGGAGCAGCAAAGGUCUAAUGAAGGGCUCUUUGCUUAAAUUUCUGAAAAUGGCAUUGCAGUAGUGGCACAAUCAGAAUCAAUUUGUUGCUUCAAAGGGGCAAGCAAGGGAACUAAUAAAAAGCAAAUAACGUUACAUAGAUAUGGAUAGAAAAGUGCACAAAGCCAACUUGUUCCCGCAGUGCUUUAAUGCUUUCAUUUACUUAUUUUAAUAAAGUAUAAGUAAACUGUUUCUUGGGUUUUUUUAUUCAGUGGUGGAAAUUUCACAAGUACGCCACUCCCGUAGUAACAUGCUAUCCAUAUUUAUAGUUUUAGUUAAAGGUCUAAAGCCUGUUUCUGGUUUUUGUUGAAGUGGGGGAGGGGGGUGCCAGGCUCAGCAGCUUUAUUUCUAGUAGUCCCAUUUUGCAAUCAAACUGAAAGGUACCCAAUCACCAGUGUGUUGGUUUGGUUUAGUUAAAAAGAUAAAUAGAUACGGUUUAAUAAUAAAAAAAGAAUUCCCUGGAUGCCUAGAUUCAGGUUUGGGGCAAGUUCUAUUUGGUGAGAGAGCCCCAGCAAAGAUUUAAAACAUACAGCCAAAGUAAAGCAUGGAAAUAUAGGCUGUUAGACCUUUAAAAUAUCCCCUUCUAAGUUGCUUCCAAAAUUCUCCACUUCCCUUAGCAUAGAAAGAGACUACGCAUUUGGUAAGUUAAAAAUGGUUUGCUUACAAACUCUUCAAAGGUCAGAUUUGUGUGAUUAUCCAUACAGCAGCAAGAAAAGACAGGCAGUAUAACCUUGGUUCCAAAAUGGUGUCUGUUCCUAAAUUAUUUGUAUAGAAACACAAUGAUAACUUGGUUCAGCCAUGCAGUCCAAACUUGAGCAUCCAGCUUAAACCUCCUUACUGGUAGGUAGUGCUAUUUUUCUAGAAAAAGAGGUGCUGAAACUCAACAUGAAUACCUCCCUCGUUCUUAAAGAAUGACAGUGGCGCUCUAUAUUCAUUUAGUACCCCUACUGCAGAUUGGAAUGCAAUCCAGGCCUACAAUGGGCACAAUCUUUCCCAUCUUAUUAUGGUUAUGAAAAUGAGGUGAUAAGCCCGUAUAAAGUCAUAAGAUGCCCAGUGUGAAACUGAGCACGCUGUAAGCAAAAAACAAAUAAACCAUUUUUACAUACCUGUUAACUGAUAUAAAACUGAUGUAGGUUUGGAGGAGAAGGAAAGGGGCCAUGUAAUCAAGUGACUGCAAAAAGGGAAAUCAAUUGUAGUGAUCAUAUAUCCAUCAAAUGCAGGAGAUCAAUUUUUGCAUUUGAAAUUUGUGAAAACUCUUCUACAGUUAAGUAGAUUUCAAACCUGAUUUCUUGCUGACUACAAACAAAUGUUCAUCUGGGCUUGUCUUAAGCCAGGAAACGAAACCUAUCAUUUCUGGCUAAUAGUCAGGGAUGAUGGGAAUUGUAGUCAAGCAGCAUGUGGAAGGCCACAGGUCCCCCAUCCCUGUCUUAAGCUAACAAACUUUCCUUUGGUAACCAUUUCCAUCUGAAAACUUGGAGACAGUGUUGAUGGGAUGCAUGUUCUCCUCUCCAUUUCCAGGUUGCUUUUAAGAUGUAUCUGGGUGUUGUGCCAACUGUGACUUGCAGUAAUUCCACACGGUUCUCCCUCAUUCUGGACAAGAACCCCUUGGUGGACUUUUUGGAAGAGCUGCCGGCGGGGAGAUCUUCACUUUGCUAUUGCAGUCUCUUGUGUGGGGCCAUAAGAGGUGCUCUAGAAAUGGUAAGCAGCCGACAGCUGCUUUGGCCUCCUCUGCUGCUGUUGUAAUUAUUAAAACUAAUAGGGCUCAUCCACACUUCUGCUUAUCCCAUGCCCAGAAAGCAUGGGUCUGAGUGGUUUUCCCCUUGCCCAGUUCCUUUUCCAUGAAAACCCAUUCUUUAGUGCUAAAUUGGAGCAAACGUCAAUCUGGAGAAAACACAAAUUGCCCUUUGCUCCAAAACAGCACUAAAGAGCAGCUUUCCCUAGGGGAAAGCAGCGGGGCAAGAGGGGGAUAAACUGUUAGUUACUUGCCACCCAAAAGGUCUCCAGGUGAGUUACAUUUAAAAUAUAUACCCACCCAAACAAACACCCACCUACAUUCUGUCAUAAGGGGUGGCAUCUGAACCUGUCAUGUGGCAGCAAUGCAAGCCCUGGCUGACCCUUGUAAGAAGGGCAGAGCUACAUUGCAGUAAUUGUCUUGCCCUUGGGUAGGGCAUUAGGAAAUGAAACUGGCCCCAAGGGAAAGCCGCAGCUGCCAGGAUCUGCACAUAUCUGAAAGCGAAAGCCGGAGAAAACAGAACUGUGUUCGCUGUGUUUUCCAAACCAGUUGUUUUGUGGAAGCUACAUUGUGCUGCUUAAAAAAAAAAAGUCUGCUUAUUUAGAUAAGUGCUAAUGGACUUGUGUGCAGCUGUGUCAGUUAAUGCAUUCUUCUUUUUAAAAAAGAAAUAAAAAAGCAGGCUAGCUGUGCCCUUCUGUACAGAAAAGGGGAAGGUCACAAUCUCAAAGAAUGGGCACAUCUACAUUUGGGGGUCACUUUUCAGUAGAAUUGACCAGAGCCUUGGAAAGCACAUAGAGCUGAAAGGGGAAAGACUGUCACUCUACAGAAUUUCACUUUGGGCUGUAUCUGCUCUUCAGCACCUCAUGGCUAAGCAGGAAGUAUGUGAGGGGCUCAGAGGCUUCAUGGGCACCAGGCAAAGACCACAAGUGAAUCACUGCAUUCGCAGGCACCAUAUUGGCAGCCCCUGGCCCCUGUGUUUCAAGGUGUAUUUUGCACAAAGAAAACACCUUUUCAUUUCCCUUUUCAAUCUUGCUGUAGCUUUAAAAUAAGUUUGAGCUGUUGUGUUUUAUUCUCCGCUCUUUGUUUUUGACCUUUGUCAAGGUUUGUCAGCAUUUCAUUCUGCAUUACAUUUUAUUACGCUUUUAAUCGGCUGUUGUUGUUUUAAACUUGUUUGUUUUUAUUCUAUAAGCCCCACCCACCCAUUAUAGUGCACCCUCUUAAAAAAAAAUUUAAAACCCUGCAAUGUGGAACAACAAUAAGUUUUCUUUCACUUACUUAGCCAAACUUACUUAUUUUCAGAUACAUCUGGCUGCUGAAGUUACUUUCAUCCAAGACACUCUGAAGGGGGAUGAUGUGACAGAAAUUGGAAUUGCAUUCUUAAAGAAGAUUGAAACCAGGAAACACAAAAGAAAUAAGUGAAGCCAUAUCUGAAGUCACUAUGUGUGAACAGUUAAUAUUUUUGACCCUCUGUACCUGCCUAGAAAGAUAUUAUUCCUGAUCCAGAAAAGGCAUUCGAUACAGAACCGUGGUGUGGAUGGUGCCACCUCUGGAUCAGGCCCAGCACUCCCAAAUGUUUGCUAUGUGGGGCAUGAACUCUGCAGCAACCCACAACCCAACAUGGACAUGAAUGGUGCAUGGUUCUCCCUCCUGGCUCAACUGCAGAUGAGUCCAGGGUCUCUUGAGGGAAUGGCUGCCUCUCCUGCAUGCUUAGGUCAUCCUGCUCUACAUUCUUCAGCCAGGUAAAGUUAGAUGGGUGGCUAUGAGGCACAGGCACUGACUUAGGGGUGGCACACUCACUGUGGAACUCCCUGCUUCAGAAGGCUUAGCAGCCUAGCUAUUUCAGGCUUAAAGAGACUCAUCAAUGUAGUACUUGUUAGAAGUGUGGGCAAGAUUUCUUUUUAUUCUUCUGAAGGAGUUGACUAUUUCCCCAGAGUGUCUGGGGAAGCCUAGCCAGAUCAGCGGGUAUAAAUAAUAAAUUAUUAUUAUUAUU